AUGGCGGAGGCAUCGGGUGAUCUCAGAAACCGGAGCUCGCCUCGCUUCUUCUGUCAUAAGUGUAACGUAGAGGUUGAACCUGAACGCCCGGAUCUCACUUGCCCUCGGUGUCAAGGUGGUUUUAUCGAAGAGCUCGAGGAGACAGAACAACAGGCGAAUGCGGACCAAGAUUCUUGGUCGGAUCUCGUAACCCAUACACUCGGACGUUCACCAACGCCGGGAUUCCUGAUCAAUCAGCUUUUUUCCGGUAUCAUCGACAACGGCCUGAACUUGGGCAACUACAAUCUUCAAGCAGGUCCUCUGCUGAUGCAAGUACACGGAAACCCGGGAGACUACGCGUGGGGUCGCGGGGGCUUAGACGCCGUAAUUACUCAUUUACUUAAUCAACUCGAAGGCACAGGUCAAGCACCAUUGGCAAAAGAUCAAAUACAAGCCAUUCCUGAGGUGAAAAUUUCGCCCGAGCAGGUGGCGGCGAACAUGCAAUGCUCAGUGUGCAUGGAGGACUUCGUGAAGGAUGAGGUCACGCGACGUCUUGUGUGUGGCCAUCAUUUCCACACUCCUUGCAUCGUUCCUUGGUUAGAGCUUCAUGCCACCUGUCCCAUAUGCCGUCUCCAAUUGGAUCAGGGCGGGAGCAGCUCCAGUAGUAGCGGCAGCAGCAGCGGUUCAUCAGCGCAACGACGUCCGACUCCGAGUACCUCUGUGUCCGGUCCGUCACAAAGUCGACCAGCCUAUCAAGAAGAUGAAUGUGACUGAGCCCUCCGAGCCGUAGGCGCUCCGUCUGCAUCCGCGAUGGCUCAGUCGGGCAGUGUGAGACUCAAUCACGAAUGAAUGAGGAAGAAUUAUUCGCAUCGGAGGCGUUGAUCAGAAAUGGGAUCGUAGGCAUCUCAAGGAAGUUCCUCGAUCUAAUGAACUUGAAUCGUAGAA